AUUCUUUUCGAUUACAAAUCUCAGAUCUCUCUAGCUAGCAUAGCUCCCUCCCUUUCUGCUUUCAUCAGCUGGGAGAAGCAACGCCAGUGAGCUUAUAAUCGGAGAGGAGGUUAUUAUAAUACUGAAAGUGGUCAAAGAGAGCUGAACAAGGUGGAUCGAAGGCAUGGGAAGAGACCUCUACCUUCUGAUCAUGAUGCAUCAGAGGCCAAAAGAGAAGAUUUCAUCAUGUCUCGGCCUCACCCAUCACCGUCCGAUCAGACCCAAAAGGAAGAAACCUCACCUUCUACCUUUUCGCAUCUUAUCAGCACCAGUGAUACUAAAACCUUCUCCGUCCCAAUCUCACAUGGUCAAGUAAGCACCUCUUCUGGGUUUGGGUUGAUCCAGAAGCUGGAUCGAUCCCAGCCUCCACAUCAAAAUCAAGGUAACAAUGUAAGAAAAAGGAACUAUAGAGGAGUGAGGCAGAGACCAUGGGGGAAGUGGGCAGCCGAAAUCCGAGACCCUAAAAAAGCGGCUAGAGUGUGGCUUGGCACCUUCGAGACGGCCGAGGAUGCAGCCGCAGCUUAUGAUGCUGCAGCAUUAAGGUUCAAAGGAAGCAAAGCUAAACUUAAUUUCCCCGAACGUGUUUCUUUAGCUACUUCUUCAGCCAUCCCUUCAGCACAAACCCAGCUUCGUGCUGCUCCUGCUCCGCCGAUACAGGAGGCGGCGCAAACUGUGUCUUGGCCUCCGGCGCCAUCGACGGACAAUGAAGGGUUCCCAAAUCUAUGGCAGUACGCGCAGCUACUUCGUGGUGGUGAUGCCGACCUCCAAAGAGCUGCUUCGGGACUUCAUAGUUAUCAGAAUGAUCCGUUUCUUUUUGAUUCUUCUACGUUAUUCUCGUCAUCAUCAGGCAUGUCUUCUACUUCGUCUGCUUCUAUGUCGUCUGGGUCUGAUCAACGCCAGGUUCAAGAUACGCAGAGAGUAGCACAGGAAGGAGAUUAUUAUGGAGGUUCUUCUUCUCCCGGUUCUUGUUUCCUUGAUGAAGGAAACACGAGGAGAUAG